GAAAGUUUGCGCGGAAGUGAAGAGAGGGAAGAAAAACUUUCACAGAAAAACUUUCGGCGUCAUGAUGAGGAUGAUAGUGAUGAUGAUGAACCGGAUCAGCCAGACUCUCUGAGAAAACAUUUUGCGUUGCGUUUACUGUUAAGACUUUGCUACAGAUCUCAUCAUCAUGGGAUUGCCGACUCUGGAGUUCAGUGACUCUUUUUUGGACAGUCCGGACUUUAGAGAAAGACUCAAAUGCCAUGAAAUCGAGCUGGACCGAACCAACAAGUUUAUUAAAGAGUUGAUCAAAGACGGAAACCAGCUGAUCAAUGCGCUUAAGAGCCUCUCUUCAGCGGUGCAGAAGUUCUCUCAGUCCUUACAGGAGUUCCAGUUUGAGUGCAUCGGUGAUGCAGAAACAGAUGAUGAAUUAAACAUCGCUCAAUCCUUUAAAGAGUUUUCCCAGCUGCUGAACACCAUGGAAGAGGAGAGAAGACGACUGAUACAGAAUGCAGAUGAUGUUUUGAUCACUCCUUUGGAAAGAUUUCGGAAAGAGCAGAUCGGAGCAGCCAAAGAGGGGAAGAAGAAAUUUGACAAGGAGACAGAAAAGUAUUACUCCACACUGGAAAAACAUCUUAACCUGUCAUCCAGGAAAAAAGAAACAGCUCUCCAAGAGGCUGACGCUCAGAUUGAUAAGGAACGGCAGCUCUUUUAUGAUGCCUCACUAGAAUACGUCUUCAAAAUACAGGAGGUUCAAGAGAAGAAGAAAUUCGAAUUUGUUGAGCCGCUUUUGGCCUUUCUGCAGGGCCUGUUCACGUUCUACCAUGAAGGUUACGAGCUGGCCCACGAAUUUGAACCUUACAAACAACAGUUACAGUUUAACCUGCAGAAUACAAGGAACAACUUUUUGAGCACAAAGCAGGAAGUUGAAAAGCUGAUGAAGAGAGUUCGGUCUGCAGAUCAAGACCAGAAGCCCCCGGGACAGUGGACCAUGGAGGGAUUCCUCUACGUCCAGGAGAAACGACCUUUGGGGUGCAAUUGGAUACGGCAUUACUGUACAUAUGAGAAGAGCCUUAAGGGCUUCAGCAUGUGCAACACCGAGACGAAGGCCACCAAUAAACAGAAUGGAGUAACAGCGAAUCUCCCAGAGACAUUCAAACUGAAGUCCUGCAUCAGGAGGAAGACAGACUCCAUUGAUAAACGCUUCUGUUUUGAUAUUGAAGUGGUCGAAAGAAAUGCCACCUAUCGUGGAACACUUUUCAGACAACUGCAAUUUUUCUUUAAAGCCCGGCAUGGCAUCAUUACCCUGCAGGCACUGUCCGAGUCCAACAGGAGACUUUGGCUCGAAGCUAUGGAUGGCAAAGAGCCGAUCUACAAUCUGCCUGCUAUUCUAAGCAAAAAAGAAGAGACAUCUUUAAAUGAGGCUGGCUUUAAUUUUGUGAGGAAGUGUAUACAGCUGGUGGAGAUGAGAGCAGGGCUCAGCACUACAGGUUUGUACAGAGUUGGAGGAAUAAACUCAAAGGUGCAGAAGCUCAUGACCACUGUCUUCUCACCCAAAGCUCCUCCAGAUAUUGAUCUUGACCCAGAAACAUGGGACAACAAGACCAUUACCAGCGGCCUGAAGAACUACCUCAGAUGUCUUUCUGAGCCUCUUAUGACAUACAAGCUCCAUUCAGACUUUCUUAUGGCUGUCAAAUCUGAUGAUCAGAACUACAGAGUUUGUGUGGUUCACGCGCUGGUGCAUAAACUACCUGAGAAAAAUAAAGAGAUGCUGGAGAUAAUAAUCAAACACUUGCUCAAUGUGUCCAUUCACAGUGAUCGAAACAUGAUGACUGUGUCUAAUCUGGGUGUGAUCUUCGGCCCAACACUGAUGCGUUCACAAGAGGAAACGGUCGCUGCCAUGAUGAACAUCAAAUUUCAAAACAUUGUGGUAGAAAUACUUAUAGAAAAUUUUGAAAAGGUAUUUCACCAGGCUCCAGACCCCAACAUCCCCUUGCCACAGCCUCAGUGUCAGGGUGGGUCCCGCAGGACCAGAGCCAUCUGCCUCACGACUGGACCACGUAAACCCAAGAGUCUCUACACACCAUCAAUGUGUCUGGCAGAUGCAGACAGUGACACGUUCAGCAGUAGUUCUGGCAGCACUCCAAUGGGAAGCAUGGAUUCGCUCUCCUCGCACUCCUCGGAGCAGAACAGCUCCUCCAAGACCCGCUCUUCACCGCAGCCCAAAGAAAAACCCCCCUUCCCCGACCUGCGACGGAGCCCUUCCUCCCUGUCCUCCGGUGAGCCACAAGCUCCCACCUGCACCAGCAGUCCAGAGCCCAACUCCAGAGAGGAUGCGGGCCGUGGGGAUGGAGACUCAGAGGAUUCCCGAAGCGUGGGAUCAAUCCCGGCCACAGCCAGGUCUUUAUCGGCACCUGCCAAAGCGCCUCACUUGGAAAUAAAACUCAGAUCGGCACAGCUUAAUCGCUUUAGUGCUCCGUCUUUGAGGUCCUUACACACCACUGCUGUUCGUAGGAGUUGUGUGGGCUCUGUACAGAGUCUAGCAUGUGGGGAGCAUAAAGAUGUCAACAGGGCCAUUAACUACCACGAUCUGCCAUCUAAAAUGGUUCUGCGUCGAAAGCAAGAUGACAACAAAUCCAGCAAUGGCUAUCAGAGGCCAGGAUCUGUGGUGGCAGCCAGAGCUUUGCUUUUUGAGAACCCAUCAGCUGUAAAAGCUCCUCCUAUUGGAAGAGAUGCCAAAGCGAUAUAUUCCUGUAAAGCUGAGGACCACAAUGAGCUGAGUUUCCCACAGGGGGCGCACUUUUCAAAUGUGUAUCCCUCAGUGGAACCCGGCUGGCUCCAGGCGACAUUUGAAGGGAAAACAGGACUCAUUCCUGAAAAUUACGUGGUCUUCCUGUGAAAUCACCCAGGCGAAGACGAGUAUUUCAUGGUAUCCAUGGCAACAUCACUUUCCGAUCUAAAGCUUUUAGUAUAUCACAAGCAUUAAGGGAUCAAUCAUAGCUCAUGUGACAUCAAAAAGUGAUAUUGAAUAAUAAGAGGUUAGGGCCCGGUUUCACAGACAUGGCUUAAGGCUAGUCCCAGACUAAAAAGCAUUUUUAAGCUGAAAAAAACACAACUUAAAAUAUGCUCAAAGUGCAUACCAGUAAUGUUUUUUUUUCAAGACACAUAUAUAAAAUCAAGGUACUUAAAGCAAUUAUUGGUCUCAUGAACAAUAAAAUUCUGUAAUUUACUCACCCUCAAACCUGUAUAAAUUUCUUUGUUUUGCUAAACACAUUCUUAAUAAAAUAAAUGUUUAUAACCAAACAGAUCUGGGGCACCAUUCACUUCCAUAGUAUUAUUUUGUCCUACUUUGAAAGGCAAUGGUGCCCCACAUCUGCUUGGUUGCAAACAUUCUUCAAAAUAUCUUCCUUUGUAUAAUAAACCAGAAAAAAGAAAUUUAUACAAGUUUGAAGCAGCUUAAGGGUGAGUAAAUUAUUUUUUUCGGUGAACUAUCCCUUUAAAUGUCCCAAAUUAACUAAGGCCUAAUCCUGGCUUAAUCUUAGCCUUGUUUGUGAAAUCGGCUCUAUAUACUGUAUGAUACGCAAGCUUUAAUUGUACAGCACAAGAAUGUGUAAUGUCUAAAUCACAGCUGUAAUUCUGCAUAAAUACAUUUUAAACUGUAAGCUGCUUGUUGGAGCCAAACUGAAUCCCGUGAUGCUCUAAUUUGCAUACAUUAAGAUCAGGACGUGUUAACGUGUGAAGCACCUGUUCUUUUUAAUUCUGCUGUCUGUUCAAAUACUGUAGUUUAGUCAUCAAAUGCAUCAGGUUGGAGAAACUGGUUGCUUUUUAUUUUAGUUAAAGUGCCUUUACUGUGUUUAUGCAUUAUCGUAAUUAACACUGAUUUGAGAUGACAACACAUGAUAUUCACAUCCUUGUUUCUGUAGCAACAGUAACAAUAUUAAAUACAUAAAAUACUGUAAAAUACAUAAUUAUAACAUUAAAUUACAUUUUAAUGCUUCUGCUAAAUAUUACAUAGCACAGAAAGUGCAAAAGUAACAGUAAUGGCAUACUGGAAGUGCUUCCGCAUGGGUUGCUGCGGUCAUGUGGUACAAAUCAUAGCUCUCAGAAAACUCCCAGUUCACAAGCUGUAAUUACCAAGUGUACGAGGACACGAGCGCUUUAUACACGUUGAAAGCUUGUAAUUACGAUAAUUAUGAUAUGGCGCGAACGCACCACUUUUUGCCUAACAGCUGUCAAAUGAACAGAAAGACGUUUAAUUGAAACCUCAGCCGUAAAAAUGUAAGAUGAUUGACACAUUUCACUUAAAUCAAAGCAUCCUGCCAUGUGAGCAUCUCUGAAGGUCUACAUGACAAAUGUUUGUAAUGUCUUUUCAAGGAAAAAUAUUCAAUUAUUUUAAUUUAACUGUAUUUAACACAUAGUACAAGGUCACCUGCAAAAAUGAAUGAAAAACAAUCAAUGAGAAUUUUCUUUAACCAUAAUAAUCAUUAUUUAUAAUUGCAAUCAGGGAAUGAAGACAAAAACGGAGUUGAAAUAACGUAAGCUUUAUUUUUAUAAUUUAUAGCAACUCACUGUAAAAAGGGAAAAGUUGGAUUAACGUUACUUAAUUACUUCGGUUGGUAACACCUAAACAUUAUAUAUAUUUUCAACUUAUAUGUGAAAAAUACUUUAAAUGAACAAUUUAAGUUGAAUUUUUUUUUUGAGCUGUUACUAAUUGAAGUAAUUUUUAAGGUUGAUCUUUUCAACUUUUUAUAUCAACAUAUAUUUUUAUGUUCCUUUAACUUAAAAAAAGUUAAAAUUCUUUAACUUAAUUAGUUAAGUUAUGUCAACUUGUAAGGGAUCCCAGGUUUCAGAAGGGGAACAAAACUGCAAUCGUUCCCGGGUUUCUGACACAAUAUGUCUGAGAGCGUUGCUAGAGUACGAAUAUAUUGUAUUGCAAUAUGGAGCGUUUAAGUGUUAACACUAAAUCAAAACUAAACAACAGAUUUGUAAAUGAAAAGGUUUAAUUACAGUACUGACUUAAAGUUACAGUUGAAAUGGUUACACUAUAAAUGCAUGAAAUGGUAAAUAAUACAAACAAUUGACUGUUUCCAAUGUAUGUGAGAUAUUACCUGAUAAAAUAGAGAACAGAGAAAGAAAGAAAGUUUAGAAGAAAGAGAACUGGAACCUGGGCCUAAUGGCCUGAACCCCAGUGAAGAAGAAAGGAAAGGGAAAAGGCCAAUGCAAAAGCCAAAAAGCCAAAGCAAAAAGCCCAGAGCUCAUAAAAACAUUGACCUUUAUCCUCUAUCUCUUGACCAUGUGACUAAACCUAACUUGAUACAUUCAAAUUGACCAAUCAGAAGAUCACCUUUAACCCCCACUGUACUUGACCAAACCCAACAAAAUACAUUCAAAUUGACCAAUCAGAAAACCACCUUAAACCCCCACUGUAUUGGAUAAACAGUUGUGACAAUAGUCUUUGAUCACUAUCAGCAUGGGGGGCUGUGACAAGUUGUGACCAGUAAUAAAUUCCUAUAUUUAUUUUUAAUCUUACAAUCCGCCCUUUGGCAACAUGGGCCAUACAUAGAAAGAUCCAUGAUGACACAGUUCAUAAGAUUAUGCUUUCAGUUGUGUGGAGUGGUCAUCUUCAGACUUAUUGUCCAAACUGGUUGCUGGUUGAUGAGACUUGAAGACGUCCUUCUCCUUUCAGCCCUGCAUGAAAGGCUUCAUCGAAUAGAAUUGCACCUUUCAUAGUUAUGCAGAUUUCCAUCGAUACUUCACACUUUCACAAGAACAGGCCCUGAAGGGGGACUUCACUUUUGUCCUUCUCUUUGAGGCAACACCCAAGAUGUAAAACAGCAGGAAUCCUCUGAUUUAAGCAAAUGGCACAACAUACAGCAAAGCAUAUGGCAUUUGUUACUCAACUUUUAAAUGGUCAGAUUGGUCUUCAGCCUUAAAUCCCUGUCAAAUACAUUAAAACAUGGUCAAGGUGAGAAUAAAAGAAAAACUAAUAAAAGCUCUUGCAUUGGUUUUAGAAACAUGUAAAUGAAAUGCUUCUUUUUAAACUUAACCAAUGUUAGUUUUAACAAACCACUUUGUCAUAAGAAGCAAUAACAACAAUAUAUUCAGUGUAACCACAUGAUAUUUAAAGAUCUUAAUUUUCCAGUGUAACCAUUAUAAAUGAAAUGAACAAAAUAAAAACAAAGAACAUGAUAGUUUUAAAUGUCUUACAUAAAAAGCAAAUUAAAUGUCAAAAUAAUAGCAAAAUUAAUGAAAUUAUUAAACAUAAAAAACUCUUUAUCAGGAUUUCAAUACUUGAGACAUAAAACUUAUCAAACUUUAUGAAAAGAAACCAAAACAGAUGCUUGACAUCAGACAGUUUAAAAUAAUGACUGAUGUGAGGCAAAUUUUGUUUGCUAUGGGAUUGAAUUUAACUGAGGCUAUGUGUGAAUACCAUGCUGCAACAAAGGUGAGAAAGAUAAAAUUGUGAUGCAAAUUUGUUCCUGUUGUUAAAACAGGGAGCCAGUUUGAUAUUAUAAGUAUGAGAUUGUAAUCUGGCUCUGUAAAUCUUCUCACACCCGUAUUUUUAGUUAGGAAGCAUGAUAAAAGUGCUACUGGAUCCUGUUGUGAGGUAAAACAUUUUCAUUAAUGCAAUUAUAUAACACAAUGUAGCCACAUGGCAUUUUUGUGCUCCUCUUUAGGGUCUUACUGCAGCUAUACAAGGAAUAGCAGAGUUUACCACUUAGGAGACAAAUCUUUCAACAUAGAAACACAUACAACUUGAAACUGGUAGACAAUUUCAAGAGCAACAGUUAUUCCAUUAACACAAGACGACUGGUCUAGAAUACAUGUAGCUUCAACAACCUCUCACUUAAAUGUUUUGUCUAACACUUACAGUGGAAACAGUCAAGUGUUUUAAGAAAUUAACUUCAUUAGCCUAUGUGUACAUACAGUACAACAAACAACUAGAAUUUGUGUUCUAUAGAAACAACAAUGCAUUACGAGCAAUUACAAAUCAGAAAAUGCAAACAGGAUCAUCUAUGAGAAUGUUAAACACAUGCUAACUGGCUGCUAAGCCACUAGCAAGUGAGGUUAACAGCUGGAGUCCUUGCAUGAACAAUGCAGUCAACUCAGUAAGAGUUUUACCUGCAAAACCAGAUUGCUUACAUCUGUCCUUAGAAAGUGAUUUCCUACAUUUCAAAUAAUAAGGUGGAGGUCUGCCCCUGCCCAGUGACCAGCAUUUCUCCUCUGUAUGGCCUAUUUUAUGACAGGAAUUACAAAGCCUGUUCAUUUUGCCACCGGGUUUGUAGCUUGGUUCUACUGGAGUUUCAGGAGGUCUGUGACUCUCUAAUGCUUCAUUCACAUCAUGCGGUUCUGUUCCAGCAUGUUGAUGCAUCACCCCAAUUGCUGAAAUAGGAACACUUUUCUGGAUUCUGGAAAAUACAUUCUCUUUAGUACAAGUAGCAUCUUUUUUAGUCCCAUUGCUGUUAAGCGUUUGGGGAGACUUAGUGUCUCGCACAAUUAGUUUAGCCCUUACAUCUGCAAUAAUGUCUUUAUAUUUCUCACACUGUUUAGCCAGGGCUAACUGCUCAGAUGAUAGUUGAUCUAUCUGAGUUUGAAGAUUUUGGAUCUUUGCCUCUGACUUUUGUAAUUCAGCAUUUUUGGUUCCCAAUUCAUCACUUUUAGCAUUCAGGGUUGACGUAAUAAUUCCAGUAUUUUUACGUAGCUGCUUGCACGUCAUGAAAUUCAAAGCCUCAAUGGUGUCAGCAUGUUUGGAUUUUCUUUGUUCAACACCAACCAUGCGCCACCAUGUGAGAAUAUCAUCAGUGGUAGCGUAGUAAUCCAGACCCUUUCUAUAUAAUUUAUAAAGUGUAGAUUCAACUUUCUCGCUCCAUAAAUCAAACAAUAUAUCAUUACUGGAGUUACUCCCUUCCAUCCCCGAGGAGAUAAUCUGAAAUAAUCUCUAACUGUACAACAAUGUUAGGAUAUUUAAGGUCCUUCUUCUGUUUCAUACAAUUCAUGCAAAUGGAGAUUUCACUAACCAUGCCAUGAAACAAUUAAACAGACUUACCCACUGUGUGGUCAGAAGGCCUUCAACACAUUCACAGGAUUAACCGUGAUAAAGUCCUCAUUCAGUUGAUCAAUCAGAGUAAAACUCAGAAAACUCACCGCAAGGGAUCCCCGUACGGGCCACCAAACUGUAAGGGAUCCCAGGUUUCAGAAGGGGAACAAAACUGCAAUCGUUCCCGGGUUUCUGACACAAUAUGUCUGAGAGCGUUGCUAGAGUACGAAUAUAUUGUAUUGCAAUAUGGAGCGUUUAAGUGUUAACACUAAAUCAAAACUAAACAACAGAUUUGUAAAUGAAAAGGUUUAAUUACAGUACUGACUUAAAGUUACAGUUGAAAUGGUUACACUAUAAAUGCAUGAAAUGGUAAAUAAUACAAACAAUUGACUGUUUCCAAUGUAUGUGAGAUAUUACCUGAUAAAAUAGAGAACAGAGAAAGAAAGAAAGUUUAGAAGAAAGAGAACUGGAACCUGGGCCUAAUGGCCUGAACCCCAGUGAAGAAGAAAGGAAAGGGAAAAGGCCAAUGCAAAAGCCAAAAAGCCAAAGCAAAAAGCCCAGAGCUCAUAAAAACAUUGACCUUUAUCCUCUAUCUCUUGACCAUGUGACUAAACCUAACUUGAUACAUUCAAAUUGACCAAUCAGAAGAUCACCUUUAACCCCCACUGUACUUGACCAAACCCAACAAAAUACAUUCAAAUUGACCAAUCAGAAAACCACCUUAAACCCCCACUGUAUUGGAUAAACAGUUGUGACAAUAGUCUUUGAUCACUAUCAGCAUGGGGGGCUGUGACAAGUUGUGACCAGUAAUAAAUUCCUAUAUUUAUUUUUAAUCUUACAAACUUAUCACAAGUCAAAACUUAAAAAGUAUGUUAAAUUGUUGAAAUGAACUGUAAAUUCAAGUUGAUAAAACUUACAAACUUAAGUGGAAAGAGUUUCUUACCAUGCAGACGCACAUUCACACCUUUAAGUUAGAGGUUGUAAUGGGUUGUGUAAUUUGUGUAACUGAGGGUUUUGCUGGACAGUUGUGAUAAAUAAGAAUUGGGGUGGUUAAAAAAGUUUUGGCAUUCACUAUUUUUGUAUCCAUCAGUUUUUACUAAUGCAAAAAAGUCCAGUUAUGUUUUUAGAUUCAGUUUCCGUGUUUGUUAAUCUUCCAGCUGUCUUAACAUUAAAUGUGGUACGGUCCAAACAUCCCCCUUUUUUAAAUGUGGACUACAGUGUGAACUUAUGUGAUGUCAUCUGCACUGUACAGUCAUACAAAAUUGUAUCAUAAAAGCAAUAUACAUUUGAAAUGUUCAAGUUUUAUAUAUAAAUAUGAUUUUUUAUUUUGUGAAUCAUGUAAUUUUUGUCCGCCAAUAAAUUUGUUUGCAAAA